GCUCAUUCCUUCCUACGCUGGCUGGGGAGACACGCGCUUGCUGCUUAUCUGCUGGCUGCUGGCUCUGCUCCAGCAUCCCUCCGUGCUUCUCUCGUGCUCUCCCUCACUCCCCCCCACCCUCCAGCCUAUGUCUCCCCCUGUGGGGUUUGCCAGCCAGCCUGCUUCCCUGGCUGCUGCUGCUGCUUCUGCUGGAGCAGUGGAGCUGUCUGAUACCACGCUGCUACGCCGCUAUCGCUCUAUACCUCGCUUCUCCUCUCUGCCUUUCGCCUCGCACUCUCCUUUGCUGGAUAAUCACCACUGAGUCUGAACGAGACAGCAACGACAGAGGACAGGAAAAAGGGAGGGAGAGAGAGAGACAAGACAAGCCCCGCACUCUUCUUCAUUCAACUGCUGCAUUCUUCAGUUUCCUCUGCUUUUUUUUCUGGCCUGCUUGGAGUGCAGCAACGCAGGGAACAACUGCUGGUCGGGAGAGAACUCCCUGAAGGAAUUUAUCCUUCUCUCUCUUUUUGCGCUUCCUCCCUCUGCUCAUUCCUGGGACAGAGUGCAGAGGAGGAAAGAAGAGGGAGGGACUGAGAGCAGGACUUUGGCUGCACAGCUCAGUGUCCCACCUUGCUCCAGAGACUCAUAAGACAAACACAUUUUGCAUUGAUUGGACACAGUUCAGGCUGACCAGACUGGCAGACGGGGACAGAUUGACAGCAUUCUGCACAAACACAUAGACAGACAAGAACACAGACAGACAGGUGGUGUCAUGGCGUCAGUGGACAGCACUGGUUUGAGUGUCUCUGGUCGGCUGAGAUCAGGGGAUCUACUCCAUACUGGUUUGGCACUUGUACUGCUGUUCGGUGUAUGGAGUGUUGGCGGACUGGAGGUCGUGACAAGUAAAGUGCCUCAUAUUGAAGCAAUGAAUGGCUCCACAGUCCUGCUGCCCUGCACCUACUCCUCCUGUAUUGGCAUCAAAAAUCUCUACUUCAACUGGCACUAUAAUGACAAUGGAACCAUGCUCAAGCUAUGUGAAGCAGUGAUUCCCAUUGAGGGUGUGGAGCCCAAGGUCAGUGUGUACCAUGAGCGCGUGGAGUUUAUCGGCUCCUCGAAGAACAACAACAUCUCCAUCCUGCUGUGGAACAUCACCUUCGACGACGAGGGAGAGUACAUCUGUUUCGCCAAGAACCCAAAAGAAAAGUACCGCAACCACAGUGCCAGCUACACUCUUAUAGUAGUGGACAGAAUGAGGGAGGUCGACAAUACUUUGACAGUCAUCAUUGUCUCAGUGCUGGGUGGAGUCAUUGGCAUAGUUAUCAUUGUCAUGGUGAUAAAGGCCUUGGUUGUUCACUUCCUGCUGAAGGACGAUGAGAAGACCAAAGACUGCCUGGUGAGCUCCUCAGGGAAUGACAACACAGAAAAUGGACUUACAGGAGCCAAAGCAGACAACAAAGGGACACCAAAGGCAUGAGCGAAAAGCAAAGUAUGUCUGUAUGUUUGUAUAUAUGUUCGACAAAUGUACACGCUCAGAGAAAAGGCUGUUAUCGGUGGACUGUUUUAUCUUACUAGCGGCUAACUAAUACAACAUGUAAAUGUCUAUUUUAAAUCAUGCUUGAGAUUUGGGAGGUGUGGAGUGUGCACAGGCCUGGAUCACUCUCUCACCUACACGGCAGCCCGGUUGUUACAGUGUGCAGCCUCUGUUAUCGAAUUCUGCUUACUGAAACCUAACACUUUCUCUACAGUAGAGCCUCAAGUAAACCCUCUCUGCCUCCAAUUAUAUAUAGGUGUUGUUUUCAUACCCUCUUUACAUCAUCUUAGAGGAAUAAUGUUGCACAAAGCAGAUCUUAAGUUGUUCCUAAGUUCUUUUUUAUAGACCCAAUUUCAAUCUACUGCCCUCCAGAAUACAGUUAUCCUGCCUUUUCCAUCCACAACUCUAAGUCAAACCUGGACCCAUACAGACCUAACCAGUGGGAACAAACACAUUUUGAUGCCAUGAUGAAUUGCCACAAUCCAUGAACUGCCAUGAUGUCAACUGAAGAACAGCACAGAAUACACAAACCUGUAAACCCAAACCACAGGACCAUUCAACCCAACAUUUUCCAGUCAUAAUCAAAUCAAAUUUGCUCUAAUUAAAACCAGUAAAUAUACACCUUUUUUAACACUGUUUGUAAAAUGGCAUUUUAACAUUUGAGGAUGAGGUACCAGUACUGAAUGGACAUGUUUCAUAUAUUUUACUGUUCUUGUGAGUAACUGGCAAACCAUAAGUUGGUUUGAUAGAGGUUUUUGAAGCUAUUUAUUUCCUGACCUUUUUAGUCCUGAUCAUAGACUUUAUAUAAAGAUGGACGACAUGACAGCUCCUCAAAAGUGAAGCUAAAACAUCUCGAUCGCCCUCUGGUGGCUGGCUGCGUUAGGUCCGUAUAGGUCAUAAAUCCCGCCACCUCCAUGUUAGCGGAUGGGACAUGGGCCAAACAAAAAAGUCAAAGUACUUGUCAAAUAAUUUUUUCCCAAAGAUGGUUUCUGUAAUUUUAUGUAGUUCUUACCACGCUUAUGUUUGUUCAAGUGUUAAUUUUUCUGAUAAGUUUGGUUUUGAUUAGUUAUUUGAGGCUAUAAAAAGGGGGUGAGACGUCAUGAGCUGACAAGCUGCGGCCGUGCUCGGCUUGUGAUUGGCUCGUGCGGGUGUGUGGGCGGAACAUAAAUACCGCCCAAUUGCUACUGCGCAGACUCAGGCUCCAAAUGAUGUCAAAAUCUCAAGAUUGCUGCUCCCGUAUCUGGGAUAUUUAGGCUUCACUUCUGUACAGUGGGAGGAAGUGGAGAUGUGUCGUCUAUCUUUAUAUAAAGUCUAUGGUCCUGAUCUAACCUUAACUACUGCCAGUGCCAGCCAACUUGCAUGUUUACAGCCGGGUCCAGGUUUGACACACUGCCGCAUGGGGUGUUUGGUUCAUUAAUGCCAACA